GCCAAAUUCUUUUAAUGUUCCAAAUCUUGCCUCGAUGAGCGCCACUUGAAAUUUUUCUAGAUGAGUAAAAGGAAAAGUAGCAACGCCUUUGCCGAAGAAGAAAUAGUUAUGCGCUUUUUGGAAAAGCAAAAUCGCCCUUUCAGCGUUCAAAACAUUGUCGACGCACUUCAAAAAGACGGUAUCAAGAAGGCGCUGUGCGAGAAAAUUCUAUCCAGCUUAGUGGAAAAAGAAGUUGUGUCUGUGAAAGAGUAUGGAAAAGCAAAAAUAUACUUAUUUAGACAGGAUACUAUUGAGAUACCCGAACAGAAAGAAGUUGAGGAGAUGGAUGAAGAACUGAGAUUGAAAGAAGAAGAAUACGCGAGUAUUACCACAGAAAUAUCUGAGCUAGAGAAGGAAGUGAAUUACCUAAGUUCGCAGAUGACAGUAGAGGAAGCCAGAAACAAGAGAGAUGAGCUAGAGUCAACUUUGCAGCAAAUGAAUGAGAAGCUUCAAGUUUUAUCAGCAGGUAUACAGCAAAUAGACCCAGAAGAAAGGAAGAAGCUUCAACAGAAUCUAUUGUACAAUGUGUCCAAUUGGAAGCAAAGAAAACGGAUGGCCAAGGAUAUAUUGGAUGCUAUUUCAGAGAACGCCAACUUGAAAUACAAAGAACUUUGUGAACAAAUUGGCGUUGAAACAGAUGAAACUGUGGGACUGGACAUGGAAAACAUUCUUAGCAAGAUAGGACUAAACAAGAGUCAAGUGAACCGAAAUGUGAAAGCUAUUCGUUGAUGAACUCUUCAUAAAGCAUUGUUCCCGAAGCAGGAAUUCGGAUUGAAAGAACGAGAAUUUUCUUUGUCGAUCAAAUGUAGUUUACAUCCUCGCUUGUUGUUGGAUUGAUGAAAGUUGUUUAUCAAGAAAAAAAAAUUGAAUUUACAAAGAAUUAAGGAUAGCAGUUGUGGGAAACAUCAAGCUUAGGACAUAAAUUAGCUGCACAUGAUGAUAACGAUGUCUUGAAUGAAGUAGAUAUCACAAAA